ACGAUGGGUGCUGCAACAACUAAUUCAGGAAAAGUCCUUGCCUGGUCUUGUGACUAAAGGAAACUUGGGAGCGGCACCUGUGGAGAGAAUUCACCACCGCCUAGUGCAGGACGAAAUGAAUGUCUGCUCUGAAGCUGCUGGGAGGUAUCCAAGCAACUACAAUGCCUGGUCUCAUCGCAUCUGGGUUUUACAACAUUUGGGAGAGCUGACUGUCAAGGUUCUCCUCGAUGAACUUUCAUCCACUAGAUAUUGGGUAUCCAUGCAUGUCUCGGACCAUAGUGGAUUUCAUUACCGCCAGUUCUUACUCAAGUCCUUGAUGGGCAGAACUGUGACUGACAAUAAUGUACUGGUACAAAAUCAAAUGGUCAAUGAGAAAAGCCCUAGCCUUCAAAAGGAGGAGAGUGGAGGGGCAGAAGCUACCUGUGUGGAACAGCAAAGUGUGGAUCCCCUCCGCUGUUUAGAGGAAGAGUUGGAGCUCUGCACCGAACUGAUUGAUACUUACCCAGGGCAUGAAACCUUGUGGUGUCAUAGAAGGCGUGUGUUCUAUCUUCAGCACCACCUACGCAACAAACUUCUGAGUGCAGUGGUAUCGUCUGCGGACAGCAGUGAUGAAACUCUGAGUAAUUCCCACCACAGUCUUGCGACAAGUCACAUGGCUCAAGCUAUGGAUGUUGAAGGUUUGAAUGAAUCCAGCAGCAAACAAGGUUAUACCCAAGAAACAAAACGCCUGAAGCGUGCUCCUAUGCAGGACCCUCUAGGUCCAGAAAUGGAAUACCGGUUCAUUGAUAAAGUAUUAUCAACUUGUAGGGAUGCAGACCAAGCCAGGUUUGCCACUGCUUAUAGUAAAUGGUUGGUUACUUUUUUAGGUCAGUGAAGGAAGAGUUUAAAACCUUCAGGGUUCUUUUAGUGCAAUAUUCUCUUUUCAGACACAGAUGCAUGUCUUGGUUGCGUUAGCUGACCAUGUGUUUCUCCCUGUUUUAAUGGUCAGUCCUAAA